GAACAUUAGGGACAUUGUUUACCCAAAACAUAGUGGUUUGCGUCAAAGGACUAUACACGGAUCAUGUGUGAAAUGGUAUUGCAUUGUCCUGCAAACUCAUUUUUACUGUGAUACUGUCACGGGAGACACAGACAAGGGAUGCAUUCUCUCCUAUCCCGUGGAUGCGCCCUAAUCGUGUCCAAUGGAUCUCCCUGGCAUCAUCAAUACGACCAUGGACAACAUGUCUGGUUCGGGCUUCAUUUUGGAGAUUGUCACCAUCAAUCCUGUUCUAAACAGCCUGACCACUCAGCCCAGCGCUGGAAGCAACCACUCAGCUGGGGGCGAGAUGCACCUCAACAUCACGGUGAUUAGUUUGGAGAGGAACUCGGUUUUCCAGGGCAUCGCAGUGGCCGCGCAAGCGCUGCUGCUCUUGGCCAUAUUCUUGCUGUCCAGUCUGGGUAAUUCAGCCGUUGUGGUGGUCAUCAUCAAACACAGACAGCUGAGAACAGUGACCAAUGCAUUCAUCAUGUCCCUAUCCCUUUCUGACUUCCUGACGGCCAUUCUUUGCUUACCCUUCUCCUUCAUGAUGCUCUUCAGCAGGGAUGGCAAGUGGAUGUUUGGGGAGCGCUUCUGCGUCGCCAACGGCUUUUUCAACACCUGCUUCGGCAUCAUCUCCACCCUGACCAUGACUCUUAUCUCAUUUGAUCGAUAUUAUGCCAUUGUCAGGCAGCCACAGGCCAAAAUCGGUAGGAGGAGAGCGAUUCAGCUCCUGGUGGCCGUUUGGUUAUCAGCAAUGUUCUUCUCCUUCCCGUGGUACCUGCUUGUGCAGACCUCAGGGCGCAUGGUGGUGCACAAACAGGGCUUUUAUCAUUGCAUGUACGUGUUCCAUUCUGGCACCUCCAGGAUGGGCACUGCCUACAGCAUAGCUUUAUUAGUGGUGUGUUACCUGCUGCCAUUCACCCUCAUGUGCUUCUGUCACUAUAACAUCUGUAAAACUGUCCGACUGUCGGAGAUCAGGGUGCGGCCGGUGACCACUUAUGCGCACCUGUUGCGCUUCUACAGCGAGAUGCGCACCGCGACCACCGUCCUCAUCAUGAUCGUGUUCAGCAUCUUCUGCUGGGGACCAUACUGCCUGAUGGGCACCAUCACAGCUCUAGGGAACUACUCUUUUAAUCCUGCUAUGGACACUGUGGCUAUUUGGAUGGCAUGGGCCAAUGGUGCCAUUAAUCCUUUGAUUUACGCCAUUAGGAACCCGAAUAUAUCCAUGCUGUUGGGCCGGAGCAGGGAGGAGGGAUAUAGGACUAGAAACAUCGCUGCUUACCUGUCCACGCAGACGCAGCGCAGGGACGCAGUCCGGACGUCGGCGCAUCGAAUACGGGAUUGGUACGUGAGCCGGCACGGUGCAAACAGCCGACUGUCUUCCUCCAGCCCAGCCAACGGUGGAGAAGUGGCCAUGUGGGCCUGUAAGAACCCAGCAGUGUUUUUCUGUAGAGAUGCCCAUCCUGAUACAAUCACUGAACCCGAGGUGCCCAAAGAUGAGACGGCUGACACCAGUUUGUAAUUGUAGUGACACUUUCUGAUAACUUUCAUUGAUCAGUCAGUCAUCAUGUGCAAACUUCAUGACAAUUCUGAUUAUUUGAAUGCACAUUGACAGACAUUAUUUAGGUAUACAGCGACCCCAAAAAGUAUUUGGAUACUUUAGCCACACUUAACAUGUAUAAAAGGAAUAUUCCUGGUUCAAUACAAGUCAAGUUCAAUCGACAGCAUCUGUGGCAUAUUGUUGAUUACCACAAAAUAUUAUUUAAACUCGUCCCUCCUUUUCAAAAAUGAGGCACUUACAAUGGAAGUGAAUGGGGGCCAAUGGAAGUUAAUGACGUCUUUAAAAAAAAAAGAAAUGUGAAGUGUGUAAUUUUAUAAAAGCACCACUGUAAAAAAUGUCAGUAAUUUAAACGUUUGCAGUGGAAACCUUUAUUGGACUUAAAAUGAAUAACAUUAACCAACACAUUUCGGCAUGUAGGCCUUCAUCAGGGUUAAGAUAAAAAUAUACAACAUGCUCAUUUAAAACAACUCUGACCAAUGCAAGCUCAUUUAAACAACCAAUUAUAUUGGGCUCUGUAAUUGAAUCCCUGCUAACUGUUAGGUUAAUUAAGGAUGUGCAUUACCUCAAUCAGUCAAGACACUCAACUAAUCACAGUGUCAGAAUGGUGUAUGAAAUGGAUAACAAUUCACUAGUACACCUCACAAAUGACCAUAUUAAAAAUAUAGAUGUAAAAAAAAAUGUAUAUAUCCAGACAUAAUUUUUCAACACCAAACAUAAAAACAUCAGAAAUCAAUAACAUAAGAACCAUCAUGAUUAUAAAAAUUAUUGUGAAAAUUCCUUCAAAGAAAAAUUCUCAUUCAUCACUCAUGGAAAUACACUUUUAAAGUAAAAAAUCCAAAAAGCUUCUCUCUCUUUCCUCAUAAGAUCAAUAUCCCCACCUCUCGUACUCGGUUUUAUAUGUUCAAUACCCCAAAACAAAAAGGAUGAUAAUGGAUGAUUAGAUUCAUUAAAGUGCCUUACAACAGGACUGUUUUAUCAUUCCUUUUUAUUGCGCUUCUAUGUUCUGUCAUUCUUUAAAGGGCGAGAUGUUUCUCCAACACAAAGCUUCUUACAUGAACAUUAAAUUAUAUAGAUCACAUGUUAUAAAUCUUUUUAUGUCUAUAUGUUUAUCAUUUAUAGGAUGAUUGAAAAUGUGUAUAUUUUGGUAAAUUG